UUACUUAUCAAAAAUAGAGGAAAAAAAACCUCAUAUUAUUCUCCCACGGACAAGCCCUCAGACAAAACACUCUAAACUCUCUCUACUCCCUCAAACUCUCACCUCUCUGUCUCACCGACUAAUUUCAGCUUAUUCUCUUUCAUUCAGAGACAUAGAAACCCCCUCCUCUCUCAACGUCUCUCUCGCUCCUUUCCCCGGCGGUGUCUCCACAGUCUCUUGAACCCUGCCCACCGACUUGCUGGUUUCGCAAAGCCCGCACCACAGCCCACAGCAGAACACACUUCUCUCUCACACUUCAAUCGAUGGCUUCCAUGCUAGGAAAUGAGGAUAAAUUAAAGAGAGAGCUGUACAACGCUAUAUUGAAGGAAGACGUGGGGAAAGUGAUAGAACUUUGUGAAGGUUUUGAUGACCAUGCAAUGCACGGACUGACCAUACACGGAGACACGGUGCUCCACGUGGCCACGUACUCGAAACAAACUGGCUUGGUUCUUAGACUUCUCGAAGCAUUGCAUCACCACCAUAUCCACAAGAUUACCACUAGCAAAAAUGUUUCUGGAAACACUGUCCUCCACGAGGUUGCUACUCUUGACGACUGCUCGGUGGAGGUAGCAACGAAGGUAUUAGAGAAAGCCCCAGAGUUGUUAAGCAUGCACAACAAGCUUGGAGAAAGCGUACUCUUUCAGUCAGCCCGCUAUGGUAAGAUUAAGAUUUUCAACUUUCUGGCGGAUAAAAUUAAAAUUUCAAAAUAUGAUGAAGAUACGAUGAAUUCACUUAUCCAGAGGAAUGACAAGACCACUAUUCUUCAUAUUGCCAUCCUUGCUCACCAAUUCGGUUUGGCUCUGAAUAUAGCAAGACGGUUCCGACAUAUAAUUGGUGAAAAAGACCAAGAUGAGAUGACCGCUCUUCAGCUUCUGUCUUGCAACCCCUCUGCUUUUAAACCCGUGCACAGACGUGGAUCCCAUGUGAGAAAUCUCAUCAAUGUUCCGGAGAGCCGUGGAUACGCGUUGGACCUAGCCAAAGUCUUAGUAGAAGAAGAUACCUCGUGGAAGUGUACUAGCUAUAACGUGGACUUGAGUAGGCCAAAGCCGCACAAAUAUGGUAGGCACUCGACUCGCUCCAAUGCUUCAUCUGCUGAUGAGAAAAAAGUUCCGGAGCGCCAAGAAUUCGUGUCGGAGCUAGCCAAACUCUCGGCAAAAGAUAGUAGUUCUAAUGUGAACCUAAGUAUGUCAAAGCUGCCCAAAUACGGUUGCUCUGGUGUUUUAUCUACUGAUGAGACGGGAGGUAGUUCUCGGCAACCAUUGAAACAAGGAGGAGUUACACCGUUGUUUCUAGCUACUGAGUCAGGCUGCGUAGAGAUCGUUAAAGAAAUACUCAAUAUAUACCCUCAGGCUGUAGAGCACAUAGAUGAUGAAGGGCCGUGCAUAUUGCUUGUAGCUAUCAAGUACCGCCAGUUGGAGGUAUUCGAGUAUGUGUCUGAAAUGGAAGUACCGAUGAGGUGGUUAGUACGAAGGCUUGACAACAAUGGGAACACUAUUUUACAUAUGGUUGGAAUGCCAAUACAUGUUUAUGUACCUGAAAAAAUGUUGGGCCCUGCACUUCAAUUGCAAGAGGAGCUGCUCUGGUUUGAGCGUGUAAAGUCAGUUACAAAAGAGGCUUUCGUUUGUCAUCAGAACGAUAUGAAAGAGACAGCUGACGGAUUAUUUGCUACUACCAAAUCCGAGCUGCGGAAUUCAGCCAGAGAUUGGCUAAUUCGCACAUCAGAAGGAUGCUCCAUUGUGGCAGUUCUCAUCGCGACAGUUGCCUUUGCAGCAGCCUACACAGUACCAGGAGGUCCUGAUCAAAACACUGGUUUACCAGUCCUUCUCAAUCACCCUUUCUUUGUGGUUUCCACAGCAACUGAUGUACUCUCACUUGCAUGUGCUUUGACAUCAGUGGUUAUGUUUCUUUCAAUCCUCACAGCACCAUUUCGAUUGGAAGACUUCAAGCAUUCGCUUCCUAACAAGCUCAUGCCAGGCUUCACAUUUCUGUUCUUCUCUGUUGUAAUGAUGAUGAUAUCAUUUUCUGCAACAAUCAUCCUCGUAAUACAUGGUAAAGAAAGGUGGACAAAAAUUCUCCUCCAUUCCCUUUCUUUCCUUCCAGUUGGCAUCUUUGCACUAGCAUAUUUCCCUCUUUUUCUUUCUUUGACAAAAACUCAUAAGCACUUGCUCAAGAAGAUAAAAGGGGCAUUUCAUUGCCAUCGUUGGUUUCCUACUGUUUCUAGGGACAACCCAGAGGGAGAACACUUUCGUUCCCAGGAUACAUCACAGACCAAGCAAUUUUCCGUUUAA